AUGGUGGCCGACCAUUUGACCGUUCGCAACCUCACCUCAACCCCUAUUACCCUGAAACGCAUUGAGCGGUUUCGUCCCCACGAAAAACCCCGCGAUGACAUUCAGUCCCUAGCGAAGAACUUCACCCGGCUUGUGGCUAAUGUCACCACCAAUGUCACCCGUGCGGCUGGGCCCGUCGCCUCCCUCGGCGAUGAUACAAAGCCAUUUGAGCACAAGGAUGUUAAUAUUCGCGUCGAGCCGUUCAAGGCUGUCAAGACUGAACUGCGCACCUUCAUUGAUUCGGACAAAGAGCGUCUGCGCUGGGUCUUUGAGGUAGAGGGGGAGAAGCACCAAAUCCAAACUCCUGUACCCACCAAGGAGUCUGCCACAAUGAAGGCGCUGUGUGAAAAGCCGAAGUUUAAACUCACCGGCGUAUAUGUCACGCCCGAGUCCCACCUCGCCAUCUAUUCCUCAGCCAACCUGAAUGCUUGGAUGAGGGAACUGAAGGAUAACACCUUGGUUUCCUCUCUCUCUAUUCCCGGCACUCAUAACUCUCCCACCUGCCAUGUGGCACCCCCGUCUGUUCGCUGCCAGGCAGUCAGUCCCAAAGAACAGCUUCAAAACGGCGUACGGUUUUUCGAUAUCCGCGUACAGCCGCAGUAUCCCAAUGAUCCCGCGAAGGAUGAUCUAAUUCUAGUUCACAGCGUGUUCCCGAUCUCCUUGACGGGAAACAAAUACUUUCGGGAUCUGAUGCGCGAAGUGGACGAUUUCCUUCAACACAAUCCAUCUGAAACGCUCAUCAUUUCCCUCAAACGUGAAGGCCCCGGAGAGCAUACGGAUGAACAGCUAGGUCGCAUUCUGCACGAUCAUUACGCACGCUCCGAAAGCAACUGGUAUACGCAACCCAAGAUUCCAACGCUGGGUGAGGUGCGCGGAAAGGUCGUCCUCCUGCGCCGAUUCAACAUCGCACAGAAUCUGAAGGAGGCGCAUGGUGGACGUGGUUGGGGCAUCGACGCCAGCGCCUGGGCUGACAACUGUGCCAAUGCGACCUGCGCAAGCGGGCAAGUUUGUAUUCAGGAUUUCUACGAAGUCCAGGAAACACAGAACAUCGGGCAAAAGGUGAAAUACGUCACUGAACAUUGCGAACGGGCUGGCAAGUCUUGCUACCCAUUCGGGGUGCUUCCGGGCCCAAAAGCGACUAGUGCUCACCCAUUCUAUAUCAACUUCCUGAGUGCGAGCAACUUUUGGAAGCUCGGAACUUGGCCGGAGAAGAUUGCUGCCAAGCUGAACCCGGCUACAGUUGACUAUCUCUGCCGAAAGCAUUGCGAGAAAGACGGCGAUUGGUCCACUGGCAUCCUUGUCACGGACUGGGUCGGAUUAGAUGGUGAUUGGGACCUUGUGCGCUGCAUUGUCGGCAUGAACGCACGGUUGAAGCUAAGACAGGAAGUCCAUGAAAAAGAGGCGAUCAAGAAGAAGAACGCGGAGGAACAAAAAAAGAAGCAGGAACAGGAGGGAAAGAACAAUCACGAGAAGAAUGAGAAGAAGGGUAACGAACAGAAUGGAAAUGAUUCCAAGGGAAAUGAGAAGAAAGACGACCAUCAGAAGAACGAAAAGAAUGGAAACCACGAGAAGCAUGAGAAACAUGAAGAGUCCAAGAAAUAA